AUGGCCCGCGGGGCGGGUCUGGUCAAGUUCAGUGAGAAUGAUGAGUCGAGGUUCUUAGGCCCUUCGAGUGGUAUAGCCAUCACUCGCUUUGUCAUGGAGUUCGCAAAACAAAAUUCCGCUCGAAGGACAAUCAAAGAUGUGGUGCCUCACCACGCGGCACAGGAGAUCAAACAAAAGUUCGAUGCAGAAAGUAGCAAGCCUACCUCAAAGGUGUAUCCGCUCAUCAGUUCGGUCGCCGCGCCUGAUCUGCCAAACCGUGAUUUGAUGGAUCGCCUUAUCGAGAUAUAUAUGGUCAAGGCACAAUAUAUGCUCCCACUUCUUCACGAACCGUCCUUUCGACAGGAUCUACAAGCCGUUUAUGACGGCUCUAAAGAUCCAACCUUGAACUUUCAAGUUCGCCUUGUCGUGGCGAUUAGCAUGCAGAAACUCGACACGCAGUACGCAGGCUUGGCCGACAGCUACUAUCUGGCUGCUUUACCAUUUCUGGCCGGAUCCAUUCAGAAAAUGGACUUAUCGACUCUUCAAUGCUUUGCAUUGAUCGCGCAGUACUCCCUACUUACCCCUACUCGGACUGCCGCUUAUUGGGUAGUCGGACUUGCUGCUAAAUUGUGCCAGGAACUUGGACUGUGUGAAGAGGAGACUAUUCUCAGACCGCCUUGUGGAUCUAGGCCUAACUUUCUUGAGAUCGACAUGCGGCGACGAUUAUUCUGGAUCAUUACGUCCAUGGAGUAUGGACUAUCCCACAGCCUUGGUAGACCUAGUGCCUUUGGCGUUACUGUCGAUAACAUCAAUGUCGGAUUCUUCGAACUUUGCGAUGAUCGAUAUAUUAGUCCAGACGGACUCCUUCCCGGUCAUCAUCCAAUAAUGAAGAAAUGCAUCGCUAUACACUUCCUCAAGAUGAGGCUUCUACAAGCAGAAAUUAGAAGAACGCUCUACCUUAAAAAGCGUGAUACUCCUACGCACGAGUCGGACCCGUGGUUUCACAGUAUGCUGCAGAAGAUCGACGACUGGGUACGAGAGUGUCCAAAGAACGACGAGGGAAGUGGUUUGAGUGAGACCUGGUUUAUCGGUCGCAAAAACACCAUGAUAGUGUUCAUGUAUCGCCCCUCGCCCCAGAUCCCCACCCCGACGCUGGAGGCGGCCCAAAAAUGCUAUGAUGCCGCAAUCUUCAAUAUACAGAUGCAAAAGCGCCAAGUUGAAGCUAGACUGAUCGACAUCACGUGGAUCUUCACACAAGCAAUCUUCAUGGCGCUCAAUACGGUUCUCUGGUGCUGUUCGUAUCCCGCUAUCAGACAACAACAUCCAUUAGAAGAGGUACAGCUACAUAUACAAGAUGCUUUGAAAGCAAUCGACCUGUGUGCGGAUCGCUGGCCGGGAGUCAGAUCUGCACAGCAACUAUAUGAUAAUCUAGUGCGAGGCUGUCUCAAGGCUUAUGAGAUUGAUAAGACAGUUGAGUCUCCGGCAUCGGAUUAUGUCUCAACCACGACUCAAGAUGUCAGUUCUUCCGCCUCACAAUUCGCCAACAGCCCUGCGAGCACAGCUAACACUUCCGUAUAUGGACCACAGUCGCCCCAAUCAAUCCAUAGUGUCCAUGGCCCCAACCAUGUCUUUAAAAACGCGGCCACCGGCUACAUCGAUCAUGCGAAGCAGAUGUAUCAACCUGAUCUCGUAGCGGCCAUCUCACAGCCUCAAGCGAUGAGUGGGCAGUAUAUGCCCGCACCAGUCCCUCAAAUCAAUGUCCACUCCCGAUCUCUACACUAUAGUCUACCAACGUUCGACCCACACAACCCGGGAGGCUAUGUUCCCACCACCACUCAAGGUGGAGCAACCUGGACAGCGGCACCUAUGAUGCCGGGCAUUCUUCCCGGCAUCACGGGCUCCCCGAACAUGAAUUACGAUGAUCUUCCAUACCUCGCAUCAUUUGGCCAUGAAUACUCCCGCUACAUGCAACAGAGCUACCCAUCUCAAUACCAAAUGCAGACUUUGAGUGAACAACAACAGAUGGAGCUGAUGGCCUCGCUGGAACAGAGCCAGCUUCCCGAUGUGUCUGCACUUGUCAGUGAUGCGACCACAUUCUAUACUGCGCAACUGCCAUCAUAG